GUCAAAACCAACGAUAACAGGUUUCUAGUCAAGUACCGAGUUAAAUUGAGUGAAGGUCUAGUCGAUUUGUGGACUUAAAUUUCUCUUUUGCUCUAAUAAUCUCUUUACCACUGACUGCGGUCGAUCGAUUUCCUUUAAAUACAGAAAUAAAGUCACGUGAAGAUAGGCCAUCGGUUUCUGCCCUCCUUUUUUGCUUCGCUACUCACGUUGAACGGACGUUCUCUCUCCCCGCUCUUACGCACAAAUUUCUCUGCUGGACGUUUGUAUAACAUUCACUGUUCAAAAGUCGAUUCGGUAAGUCGUUGAUCAACCAACCUCAUGUUUUGUAGCUGUGUUGAAUUGUUUGGAUCGAAGAAAAGAGCUAAAUCUUCAAAAAUGGCAUUGGAACAACUGAAAACGAUGACAAUUGUCGUGGCUGAUACUGGAGACUUUGAGACCAUGAUCAAGUACAAGCCUACUGAUGCUACCACAAACCCAUCUUUGCUUUUGGCUGCUGCCACUUUGCCUCAGUAUCAACAUCUUGUUCAGAAAGCUGUUGAUUAUGGCAAACAGCAGGAAGGGGACAAUGCUGCAAAGUUAGCUGCUACAAUGGACAAGCUCUUUGUCUUGUUUGGAGUUGAAAUUCUGAAAAUUGUUCCUGGUCGCGUUUCUACUGAAGUGGACGCCAGACUUUCUUUCGAUAAAGAGGGAAGCGUGAAGAAGGCUCUCAAGCUUAUCGAGUUGUACGCUGAAGAAGGUAUUGAGAAAGAAAGGGUUCUCAUUAAAUUGGCCUCGACCUGGGAAGGAAUUCAAGCAGCAAAGGAACUUGAAGAAAAGCACGAUGUUCACUGCAACUUGACGUUGCUGUUUAGCUUCUGCCAGGCAGUUGCGUGCGCCGAUGCUGGUGUUACUCUGAUCUCUCCUUUCGUUGGUCGCAUUUUGGAUUGGUAUGUGAGCAACACUUCUACUAAAUCGUAUGCUCCCGAAGACGAUCCUGGAGUUAAAUCAGUCACUCAGAUCUACAACUAUUACAAGAAGUUUGGUUACAAGACCGUAGUCAUGGGGGCGUCUUUCCGAAACACCGGCGAGGUAACUGCUCUUGCUGGAUGCGAUCUAUUAACUAUCAGCCCAAAGUUGCUGGAAGAAUUGGAUGCUAGCAGCGCAAGCGUCACUCGUCAACUUGAUGCAGAGCAAGCCAAAACAUGCGAUCUCGAACGCAUUUCUUUGGACGAGAAAGCUUUCCGUUGGAUGCUGAAUGAAGAUCAGAUGGCCACCGAUAAGCUCAGUGACGGCAUCCGUAAGUUUGCGGUCGACGCCGUCAAGUUGGAAACCUUUAUCAACGAAAAACUCAACGCUUAAAAUUUCUAGAUCCUAUGAAGAUCGAUAACUCAACCUUGAUUGUUGGUUUUUAAAGCGUAAGAAAUGUCAUAGAUUAUUCUUUCAACUGGAAAAUGUAGUUAUAAGAAUUUUACUACUAAUUUAAAAUUAAUCAGCCUACUCUAAGUCUCUAUUUGCUAUUUGGUGAUCAGUUUCAACAUUCCGUGGUUCUGCUUCCUAUUGAAUUACAAAGAAAUUAAAUGUU